UUGACGCCGCUUCUCGCUGCUCGGUCGGCAGUCGGUUGAACGGAGAAACCGAAGCGGUGGAUUCAAGUGUUUAAUCCGGCUGUGUGACUCAGAGACACUCGCUGUUCCUGCAGACCGCAGGGAUGGACUGUGAUCUGGAUGGCUGACGGACAGGGACGAGGACCCAUCACAUGAUAAGAUGCUGGCUCGUAACCGCUUCCUCCUCCUGGUGGUGGUGGGCGGGGCUGCGCUGGCCAUCAUCAGUCUGAGCCUCCAGUUCUUGAACCUGAUCCCCACCACUCCCAUACUGGAGGAGCGUCCCUUCCAGGCUGCAGAUGGAGGUGUUGGGGUUGCUCUGGGGAAGAGCAGAAAGAGAGUGUUCCCGGUGCCUCACACCGAGGAGCCCAACCCCGUAUCUGAGGCUUACAGCUACUGCAACACGCCCAACCGCACCGAACAGGCCUGGGAGGGUCACAGUCCUGCUGACUACAAGCUGCUGUCUGUCCAGGUGAUGAUUCGGCACGGUGACCGAUACCCACUCUACUACAUCCCCAAGACCAAACGGCCCGCCAUCGACUGCACCCUGUCCAUCAACAGGACGCCUUCCCACCCCCUGCUGAACUCCUUCAUCCGUCACAUGGGCCAGGGAGGUCAGGGCCACUGGGAGUCCCCACUGGGCUCUGUUCCACGUCUGCCCAACCACAGUGCCUGUGAGAUGGGAGAACUCACACAGACAGGUGUGGUGCAGCACCUGCGCAACGGGCAGCUCCUCCACCAAGCCUACAGACGUCACAAUCUCCUCCCAUCCAGCUGGUCGCCCCGCCAGGUGUGGGUUGAAACCACUGGGAAGAGCCGCACCCUGCAGAGCGGACUGGCCUUCCUCUACGGCUUCCUCCCGGACUUUGAUUGGACCAAACUGACCGCGCGGCACCAGUGGAGCACGUUGUUCUGCAGCUCGGCCUGCGACUGCCCCGCCAGGAACAGGUACCUGGAGGAGGAGCAGCGGAGGCAGUACCGGCUCAGAGUGAGCAACACCGAACUGGAGAGGACUUACUCCGAUAUGGCACGGACUUUGGGUCUGCCCACCCGCCAGCUCCGAGCUGCGAACCCUAUAGAUUCCCUGCUGUGCCACCUGUGCCACAGCCUUUCUUUCCCAUGCGUUCCCAUGGGGGACGGCACCACCGGAUGUCUGACCAUGGCGCAGUUCGCCGUGAUUCGCCGACAGCAGCUAGACGACGAGGUGGACCGGAGACGAGUGGGGCUGUACCAUAAAUUCGCCAUCCUGGCCAUGUACCCCUACCUCAACCGAACCGCCACCAAGAUGGAGCGCGUCGCCAAGGACAACGAGGCCGGCAGGCAGCGCCGCGUCGGGGGCGAGGAGGUCUUUACCCUGUCGUCGGCCCACGAUGUCACCGUGGCCCCGUUGCUCAGCGCCCUGGGGCUACAGGAGGCACGCUUUCCACGAUUUGCAGCAAGAGUAGUCUUUGAACUGUGGAAGAGUCCCCCGGCCACGCAAGGACAAGCGAAGAAGAAAGCCGGCAAAGGCGAGAGGUCGAAGGCGAAAGACGGGGAACUGUUCAUCCGCGUACUGUACAACGGAGAGGAUGUGACAUUUCACACCACCUUCUGUCGCGCCCACGACCGCCACGCCAGCCAGCCACUCUGUCCUCUGAAAAACUUCCUGUCUUUUGUCAGGAGAGACAUGUUCAGUGUUGUCAACGCUACUUCCUACCAGGAGGCCUGCUACAGGCGCCCUGGUUGACAGAUGGGAGAGGAGGGUGACUGAGCGAGGGUGCAGAGUUGGCAGAUGGUUGUACUUGUCUUGUUUUUGUGGUUUUUGAAGAUGGUGCACUUUUAUGCUGCUCACAGUUUCCUUUUUUUUUUAAGUAGUCGUUUUUAAGUUCCUCUUCUGAGCACAAACACACAGUACUGUACACCAUGUUUCUAACCUUUCUACAAACUUCUUUUUGUUGAAUGCUGUAUGUUUUCUGUAAGAGAUGAGCAAUUGAAGGGAAGUUGUGCGGCACUUAGCCACUUUAUUCCUACAUUCCAUAAUACUAUGGAAUUGUAAAAUUCCAGUAUUCCCAAAUGCCUACAAGAAAGGAAAAUAUUGAAGCUGGAAAUACUGUGCUGGAUUAAUCAUUCCUGGAAAAUAUUUUGUGUAUAAUAAGUCUUUUCAAUGAAAAUUACACUUUAGGCUAGUUUGGCCACAAUACUCAAUAUGACUCAUUUGACACUUGAAUUGUGAUUCCUGUUAAUUAUGACGAUUUUACUGGUGCACACUAUACGCUUAUUAAUCAAACAGUGGUACCUGAUAGGGUAAAAAAAAUUAAAUUGAACAGUUCUGUUCGUAUCAGUUUGGGGGAAAUGGUUUUCGUUCUGGUACGUUUAUGGUACAGAGAGGAGGCAUUACUGAUUUUAAUAUGCUUUUCAUUUAUGUGUUUCUAUCUGACUCUCUCCUAACUAACUAAAUAAAAUCAUAAAUAACUUUAAAUAAACUAGGCUAAAAUGAACCGUACAGCACAUGCAAGACUAGCAAACCAAACUGGUCUGAUUUUUUUAAUAGAACCAUUCCAUCCUUUGAAUCAGAUCGAUGCUUUGUAUCACCUGAUAGCCGAAUCCCCAUGAUCAUAUCUGUAUUGGAACUGAGAGGUCAGAUUGAUGCGUCCCUUUUUAUGCUUAUUCAUUGCAGUAAGCUGUUUGUUUAAUGAUGGCGGUUAUUUCUACUUUAGGUCUUUUUUUAUUUCUUUAUUUUAGUAAAAUUGUCUGUGGUACAUUGACAUUUACGAGAUUUUUCUCUUCUGACAUUAAUUCACAACUACAGAGCAUCUGUAUUUAUAUUCAUUGGUGAUAUAAACGCUCCGUUCCACUUUUUGUUUUUACCUGCAGAAAAAUGAAAUAAAGGUUCAUUCUGAGCAGACAUUUUUAUAAAUGUAUCUGAGAAA